AUGCCACCUUCACGACACCCGCUCUCCUCCCCGCCUUUCUUCGUCCCAUGCGGGCGGGCACGGUCCAAGCUGGCAGUGAAGCAGCAGGCGUCAGUGCUGACGUGGCUCAGCCACUGGUACAACUGGCUGCUCAGGCUGCAUAACAUGGUGUUCGUGCUGCUGAUAAUGGCAGCCCCAGUGCUCCUCGCGCUCCUCUUCACGCCGCUCUUCCUCGCCCUCGCCUCCGGCUUCGCCUCCCCCCCAGACAGCCCUGAGUUUCACUCCCUCGACAUCCACACUAUCCUCUCCGGCCCGCUCGCCCUGCCUCUCGACCAAUGGGAGCGCGCCAGCAGGGCGGGACCGGCGGCGGUGGCGAUGUGCUGGAUGUGUGCUGUGGUCGUGCGUGCAGGGCAGUGGCUGUAUGUGGCUCUGCAUUUCUUCCUCUUCGCGUGA